AUGUCUUCCAUUCUUCUUCGUGCUGCCCCGUCGUCACACGAGUGCCCCGAAAAACAUUCACCACAACCUCCUCGAAAAUCCCUCUUGCAACAACUCGUGAUCCUUGCACUUGUCGUCAUUCGGCUCGUGAAAGGACUGUUGAUAUGGAUCUACCGAACCAUUCAAUUAUUAAUCUUUUCAAAUUACAAAAAUAGAGCGUUUGAAUUUGGAAUCAAGAAGAAUCCAGUCUUUAAAGAUAAUUUUGCUCCCAUUCAUGAUGAAUUAUAUUGUCGAAAUUUGUUUGUGUUGAAGGGAGAAAUUCCGAAAGAUUUUAUGAAUGGAAUGUAUGUGAGGAUUGGACCUAAUCCACAAUUUGAUCCGUUAUAUUCCAUUCAUUGGUUUGAAGGAGAUGGACAUUUACAUGCCAUUGAAUUUAAAGAUGGACAUGCAAGUUAUAGGAACAAAUUCGUUCGAACGGAAAAGUAUCUUCAAGAAAAAGAAAAUGGAAGACCUCUUACUUAUAGUUUCUUUGUCAAUGGUAUAAAUCCCAUCCUGAAAUAUGCACAUCAUUAUCUGUAUGAUCGGUUGUACAGAGGAUUAGAUGGACCUGUGAAAUCAGGAGGAGGUGUAGCCAAUACGAAUAUUAUUUAUCACGGUGGCAAGUUCUUGGCAUUGGAAGAAGGUCACAAACCUGUCGAGAUUUUGCUUCCAAAUUUGGAUACUGUGGGAGAAUUUACAUUUAAUGGAAAAUUGAAUCAUAACUUCACUGCUCAUCCAAAAUAUGAUCCUGUAACUGGAGAAUUAAUAUUCUUUGCGUAUGGACUAAAUCCAAGAGGACCAGGAUUGUACUAUGGUGUCAUUGACAAGAAUAAUAAUAUUGUCAUUGAUUAUGAAUUUAAAAAAGAGGAAACUCCUUACAUGUGCAUGAUUCAUGACAUGGCCAUUACUGAACACUACAGUAUUAUUGGAUUUUAUCCAGCCAUUAUUGAUUUAACAAGAAUUUUUCAACCUGGUCCUCCACUCAUCUUUGACAAAUCAAAACCAGCGAAAUUUGCAGUAUUUCCUCGCCACUUCAAUGGUGAAACUGCAAUUCAAUAUUUUGAAAUCAAAUCAUGUAUGGCCUUUCAUUAUAUCAAUGCUUUUGAAACCAUUGUAAAUGAGGAUGAAACUUUAAUCACCAUUGAUGUUUGUGUGUCAGACAGUUUCGAUUUGAACGACUUGUCAUCUUCAAAGCCCUAUCCUUCGAGAUUUGUCUUGAAUUUGAAACGAGGACAAGUUCAAGAAGAAUUUGGUCAACCUUUCACUUUUCACAGUCAAGACGUGAGUGAUUCUAGUUCAACCACAGCACAGAAUAUCACCACGAACGAGAAUAUGGUUCCAAUGGGUGAAUUUCCUGUGAUUCAUCCAUCUUUCACAGGAAAACCCUAUCGAUACUUUUAUUACAGUGUGAUCAUCGAGAAGGAGAAAUCUGAUUCACUUCUCUUCUUCAAUGAAAUUGCAAAAUUUGAUUUGGAGACAAAAACGUUGAAACGUUUAAAAAUUCCAGAAAAUGGUAAAAUUGGAGAAGUUUGUCUCGUUCCAAAGAAACAUGAAAAUAUAAGAACACCACCGAUCACGAGCCCUCAAGAAGAAGAAGACAAUGUCUAUCUUGUUACUUUUGCAUUUCAUGAAGAGAAAAACUCUUCCAGCUUGUUUAUUUUCGAUGGAAAAACAAUGAGUGAAGAACCUGUGUGUCAAAUUGAACUUCCUCGACGAGUGCCAUUUGGAUUUCAUGGUCAAUUCUUUCCUGCAACGACAUUCGAGUAUGAACAUUAG